AUGGAUUCAUUCUUUGAAGAAUUUGAGAGAACAGAAAAUUUAGAAGAUUCAAUUAAAUAUAUGAAAAACAAAUUUAUGAAGAAGAAAUUGUUGUUUUUAAACAAUGAUAAAUCAUACGAAGAAAUUAAAAGUGAAUUUGAUGAGAUUUUAAGAUUGAAAGAACUUUUAAAAGAAUUUUAA